AUGGCGCCGGAGAAGCGCUCCACGCUAUUCUCCUUCGCGGCCGGUGGCGCGGCCGGCGCGCUGGACACGUGCAUUACUAUGCCGCUCGACACAGUCAAGACGCAGAUGCAGAUCAACCGGCACGCCUCGGUCGUGUCCUGCGUCCGGACGAUCCUGCGGCACGACGGCGCGGCGGGCCUGUACUAUGGGUUCGGUCCCUUCCUGCUGCAGGCGUCGGGCAAGGCUGCGGUGCGCUUCUGCAUGUUCGACGUCCUCGUCAAGGCCGUCGACGCCGCGGGAAUAGACCGCACGCAGCGGCCGGCAGUGUGGUCGGGCGUCUGCGGGCUCGGCGCCGGGCUGGCGGAGGCUCUUCUAUGGACGGCGCCGACCGAGCGGGUCAAGGGCGUGGCGGGCCUAUAUGUGGGAGCGGGCGCGACGGCGGCGCGCCAGGCCACCUCGGUGGCGAUGCGCUUCUUCUUCCUGGACAGCGUCAAGGGGAGCCUGUGCGGCGGGCUGGGGUACGAGAAGCGCUCCGCCCCCUCCUGGGUCACAUUCAUCUCUGGCGGCGUCGGCGGCUUCCUCUCCGCCGUCCUAAACAACCCGAUUGACGUGGUCAAGUCGCGCAUCCAGUCGGGCAACGGCGGGGUGGGGAUGCUCGGCGCGAUGCGCGAAGUUGUGGCGGAGAGAGGGCUCUCUGCGCUCGGCGCGGGGCUGCAGGCGCGCGCGGCGCGCCUCUUUAUGAGCCAGGCGAUCCAGUUCUCGGUCGUCGAGAAGCUCCUCGCGCUUGGCCGCCCGAGCAGGGCCGUCGAGGAGAAGCCGAGAGUGCGGCUCGCAAAGGUCGCCACCAGCGCCGUGUCCUGA